CGCUUCCUGGUUGUGCGUACACGCCUACACGUAGUACGUCACAACAGCUUUUUUAUUUUCUUCCCUAUCUGAAGUUUUUCUUUGGCGUCUCCGGAUGUUUAUGAUUUUUUUUUUCACCCUGUAGAAUAUAAAUAGUGAAGGAAUGAACGAGUAAUAAUAACAAUAAUAAUAAUAAUAGGAAUAGGAAACACACAUAUAUUUGUGUGUGGAUAGUGAGGGAGGCGCCACAUCGCUUCCAGUUUCUUUUUUGUUGUGUAAAGGGAAAUCGACAAGAUGGAACAUCACCAACACCAGGCAGUGAGCAGAUACCAAGUGUUAAAUAAUGAGGAUGAGGUCUCCGAGUCCUCUGUGAGUGAGGAGCCCUCCGGUUCUGCACAGACUGCGCCCCCUACACAGACUGCAGAGCAACUGGAGUCAGACGCUCCUCCGCCUCCAUACAGCAGUGUUGCAGCAGGAGCAGCUGCAGCUCCAGAAGGAGAUUUUCAAAAUUACCCUGUACCACCUCCAUACAGUGUUGCUACCACAUUGCCCACUUAUGAUGAAGCAGAAAACGCGAAAGCUGCAGCAAUGGCGGCUGCUGCAGCAGAUGUAGCUCCUAGAGAAGAUGACUAUCCGCCAAGAGAUGACUUCAGUGAUGCAGAUCAACUGAGAGUUGGCAAUGAUGGGGUAUUCAUGCUGGCUUUUUUCAUGGCAUUUCUUUUCAACUGGAUUGGCUUUUGCCUGUCCUUCUGCUUGACCAAUACCAUUGCAGGACGCUAUGGUGCUAUCUGUGGAUUUGGACUUUCCCUGAUUAAAUGGAUCCUCAUUGUGAGGUUUUCCGACUAUUUUACUGGAUACUUCAAUGGUCAGUACUGGCUAUGGUGGAUAUUCCUUGUCCUUGGUCUCCUCUUGUUCAUCAGAGGAUUUGUGAACUAUCUGAAAGUUCGUAACAUGUCCGAGAGUAUGGCAGCUUCUCAUAGAACACGUUUUUUCUUCUUGUACUAAAGAUGGUGGUAACUAAACAUUCCUUCCUGAUGUGAAAUUCCUAGACAAUUUGCAACCUACCAAGUUAACUGGAUACAAAGUCAUUGGAAAUUAAAGAAAAUAUCCAAACAAAAAGGUUUUCUUACAGAUUAGUAAAAAAAGAAGUUGUCAGAUUAAGCUCUUUUACUUUUAAAUUUCAGUCGGAAAUGGUCUUGCUUAGAGUGACCAUAUUGUAUUUACUACAGUAAGGUAAAGUCUGUAAUUAUCAAAUGUACUUCUUAAAUCCAAUAUAAAAUUGAGCCAACCGUAUGCAAAUAAAGAACCCUAUGCAAAUAAAAUGUUGUUCCCAAAACUGGAUGUCAGAAACUGACCUUUUUCUAUUAACUGAUCAUUAACUUGGUAUGCCUUUUGGAAUACAUUUUUAAACCUUUUAAGUAACUGAAAAUCGAACAUCUUUAAUAUGCAUUACAGAUAUUUCCAACUAAUAUAACACAUUAAUAAGGAUGGUUUUAUUUAGUUGUAGCUUAAAUUGUGUAUGUUUCAUUAAGCUUUUGCUGACAAAUAUUAAAUAUGCACUGUGGAGUAACAUUUUUUUUUUUUUUUUUUUCGGUAGGCUAUAUUACAGCAGUUGCACAGUGAUUUUAUGCAUUUAAUUGUGGGUCAGAUUACCCGGAUGAGAUUGAAACUGGAAUUUGUAUGAACUGUAGCCCAAGAUCACAAUAAUUGCCUUUUGGACGUUUGCCGUAUUAUUUUGUUCCUUCCUGCUACUUUUUUUUUUAUUAUUGGGGUAACAAUAAUAAUGCAAAUUUUUAUUUCUUAAGAUAUGAAGGAUUUUUUGUUUUUAAUUGACAUAUAAGUGCACUGGGGGGGGGAAUAAAAGACAAAAAAGUCUUAAGAAAGACCUUAUUAGUUAGCAGCCAUCAAAGUAGUUUGCAUGGUUAACUUAUUAGUGAUUUUACCUUUUCAUUUGAACUAUAAGUGUGUGUGUGUGUGUGUGUGUGUAAUAUUCUCUAACAUGCUGGAAGGCAUUUAAUGUAAGUUUGUAAAAUAACUGGAAACUUAUCCAUUACAUAAUAUAAAGACAAUGUAUGUUUACCAUUUGGCUGUCUUAAUAAUUAAUGCCAAUAAAAGCUCAAGAUGUCGCUUUUGACAGAUUC